AAACCAACUAUAAAAGACACAUGGUUUCUAGUUGUGCGUUCUGCUCUCUAGUUGUUCGUUUCAAUUAUACUUACUGUUACUCUAAUUGCAGACCGUUUAUCUUUUUUUUUCUUUUCGUUUCUCAAACAAAAACUGCGGCACCUAUGUAUUUAAUCUGUCUAUUUGUAUAUAAGUCGAAAUAAAAAAAGACGUUGGCCAAUUGAAUAGUUGAAACGUCUCUUCUCUUGAUGACAUGACCAGUUAUCGAAAGAUGUUCAUUAGUAUUUAGCCUGAAUCAGACUUGAAUAAAUGUUCCUUGUUGAUUGAUUAAAAAAAAAUUAAAUCCGCACAAUCCUACUGACAGGGUCUUUUUAUCGGUGUAAUUUUAAAACGACAACAUGAAGAUCGACAAGAAGAUGUUGCCGAUGAAACUUCACUAUUUCCUUUUCAAUGCGGGACAGGCACCGGUGGUACCUUUUCUCCCAACGUUUGCAAAACAGCUUGGAUUCUCGACCGUAACAGUAGGAACAAUAUACACAUUUCUCCCCAUCAUGGGGAUGCUGGCAAAACCGUCGAUGGGAGCGUUUGCCGACAAAUUCCACUGCCAGAAGGCCCUGUUUAUAAGCUUCAUCCUAAGCAUCAUAGUUGCUUUCUUCGUGAUACCAUGGAUUCCGUCCCUUCCUUUUGAGACAAAGUCUGAAAUACACUGUGACUCGGAAUCGGACUUAAAACUCUGUUCGGACAAUCUGGGUGACAAAUGUUAUUUACCAAGGAUCAUUAAUCAGGGAAUGAAUGACCAUAAUAUUACCUGUCAUAUGGUGUGUGUAGCUGAUGCUCAAUUUUUAGAAUCCGUUUGUACGACUUGGCACCAACCACAGUAUUGUACUACACAUAGGGUGCCUUCAAAUAAAUUUAUAGAAUAUGUAAACAAAAGUCAUAAUUUAACAGAAAACUAUGUUAAUACUAAAAAUAAAAAAGUGAUCACAUCAGCACCUCAGACGCUUUUAUUUGAUGCUGUUAUAUUUCCAAAACAUACUACACAGAUAAGAAACUGUGUACAUAUGAAACUCGGGAAAGUCAAAUUCAAUGGACCUUACGAAGUUGCAUACUGUGAUUCUUUUAAAAAAGUGACAUGUGAAACGAAAUGUGAAAACGAUGUUGUGAGUGAGAUUUUUCUUAAUCCUCAAGUUAGUGACACUGAUGCCGUUCAGAUGUAUCAGUUUUGGAUGUUGGUGGCUUGCCUUGUGAUCGGGUGGUCGAGUAUGGCUGUUGUGGUAAGCAUCGGAGAUGCUAUUUGUUUUGAGAUGCUCGGCGAAUUUCCGUCAAAAUAUGGAAAUCAAAGACUUUGGGGUUCAGUCGGUUGGGGUCUUCUUUCCAUUAUCGCUGGUCUGAUUGUCGAUAAGUCAAGUAAUGGGCAGGCCAUGAAAAAUUAUUUACCCGCCUUUGUCUUAAUGGCCAUCCUUCUAGCAAUUGACGUUGUAGUCUGCAUGAAGUUAAAGUACAAACAAGUUAAAACUUCCUCAAGCAUAAUUCGAGACGUAGGAAAAUUGCUUGCAGAAGUGCGAGUAGUCAUCUUUAUGAUCUGGUGUAUUUGUGUGGGCAUGUGCACAGCUUUAGUGUGGAAUUUUCUUUUUUGGCACCUGGAAGAUUUAGCCAACUCUUAUAGCUGUGAAACCAAAAAUUGGAUAAAAACAUUAGAAGGGCUGGCAAUGGGAAUCCAGUGUUUAGGUGGAGAAUUGCCAUUUUUCUUUUUGUCUGGAAGCAUUCUCAAAAAGAUUGGACACAUUCAUUCAAUGACUUUAGUUUUAUUUACAUUGGGAUGCAGGUUUGUACUGUAUUCAACGCUCACCAACCCAUGGUGGUGUUUACCAAUUGAAUUUUUAAAUGGCAUUUCCUUCGGCCUGAUGUAUUCCACCAUGGCAUCUUAUGCCAGCAUCGUAGCCCCUCCUGGUACGGAGUCAACAACGCAAGGGAUAGUCGGAGCAGUUUUCGAAGGAGUGGGUGUUUCAAUGGGAAGUUUUAUAGGUGGCCUCCUCUUCAAAACUGUUGGGGGCGCUAGAAUGUUUUUAAUUUUCGGUGUUGGUGGUCUCUUCCUUGCCCUGGUACAUUUUGUAUUACAAUAUUUUAUCAAUAAGAGGACAACAAUUCUUCAGAUUCAUGAACGAGUGACUACACCACUAUUAUCUGCUGGAAGUUAAUGGCAGUUUGAAGGGUAGAUGUAUAUAUAAAAGAUUUCAAGGAAACAAGGUAUGCCAGCCCAACAGAUGCUAUUCAUAUGCUGGAAGAUAACCUACAUGACGUCAACCUUCAUAAUUGACCCCAUUUUAGAAUUUGUAGAUAGAAUUAAUUAAAUUAUUUAAAUAUAUAAAUAAUUAUUUUCUUAAUAAUAAUUCAAAGAAAAUUGAAAAUAUUUCAAAAGUAGUAUUGGUGUUAGGUGUGGCUAAACACCCUGUAGGAGCCAAAGAUUACAUAAGUAAGUGAAAUAAAAUUGAGAAAAAAAAUGCCUUAAACAGAAUUAUAUUUUGUAGACUUUCCUCUUGUGAUAUAUAAAUAAUAUACACAAUACAGAAUAUUUAAAUUAUGUCUAUAUACAUACAUAGCUUAGGAAAUGUAACACCCAAAUUAUAUAAAGAUUAAAAAUCAAUUUUUAAAAACUCAUUUUGACUGUUAUUCGUUCAAUAUUGUUUCUUUGUCUUCAAUUAAUCAAAAUGUAAGAAGUUUUAUUAGUUAUUACUAGUACAAUUAAAAUAUUGUUUUAAGCUUCUAAGAUUCAUCUUCACACCCUGACAUCUUGAAUCCACGAAAAGAUUUUAUUUUACUUGUUAUUGUUUUUGAGUUAGCAUUAAGUAUUUUAAAGAGUGACUUAAUUAGUUUGACUAGUCUGCUACUUGAAAUAUUAAUGAAAAUUCCCAUUUCAUUUUUAGAGUAUAAAUUUCUGUUAAUACUGUUUCUGUAUUUAUUAUUUAGCAAAGUUGGGUGAUGAAGGCACCAAUUCAUUUCAUAAUAGUAUUCGUU